UCGGCUUACUGGUCCCAGUCCCAUCCUCGCUACUCCAGCACACGUGAUCGCCGCCGCCGCUGCUAACCUGCACCAUGGCUCAGCCCGUCCCUCGGCUAUCUAUCCCCGCCGCACUGGCCCUGGGCUCGGCCGCGCUGGGCGCCGCCUUCGCUACUGGUCUCUUGCUGGGGAAACGAUGGCCUCCAUGGGGGUCCAGGCGGCCAGAGCGCCUGCUGCCACCUGAGGACAAUCCCCUGUGGCAGUAUCUGCUGAGUCGCUCCAUGAGGGAGCACCCGGCGCUGCGGAGCCUGCGACUGCUGACCCUGGAGCAGCCGCAGGGGGAUUCCAUGAUGACCUGUGAACAGGCCCAGCUUCUGGCCAACCUGGCGCGGCUCAUUAAGGCCAAGAAAGCUCUGGAUCUGGGUACUUUCACGGGCUACUCGGCCCUGGCCCUAGCCUUGGCGCUUCCGGAGGCUGGCCGCGUGGUGACCUGCGAGGUUGACGCAGAGCCCCCGAAGCUGGGACGGCCCCUGUGGAAGCAGGCAGAAGUGGAGCAGAAGAUCGACCUUCGGCUGCAGCCCGCCCUGCAGACAUUGGAUGAGCUCCUGGCGGCGGGCGAGGCCGGAACCUUCGACAUAGCGGUGGUGGACGCGGACAAAGAGAACUGUACCGCCUACUACGAGCGCUGUCUGCAGCUCCUACGCCCCGGAGGCGUGCUCGCCGUACUCAGAGUCCUGUGGCGCGGAGAGGUGCUGCAGCCUCAGCCCAGGAACAAGACUGUUGAAUGUGUGCGGAACCUGAACGAACGCAUCCUGAGGGACGCCAGGGUCUACAUCAGUCUCCUGCCCCUGGAUGAUGGCCUCUCCUUGGCCUUUAAGAUCUAGGGUUAACACGAAGCUUAGGGCUUGAGUAUGAGAACCUAAGAACCCCAGCCAGUGACCCGACUUUUAAACCUGACAAUAAAGGUAUUGGAACACG